CAGAUGUGUUUGAAAAUUUUGUUUGAGAAAAAAACCACUUUGAAACUUUUCGAAACGAAUUCACCUGGAAUAUUGUUUUAUCCUGUUGGCAGAUUGUGAAGAUUAUUACGGUUUUGAUAAAUAAAACCUGAAACUUGUCGUGUUCGACUUGAGUAGAAACCAAUGAAUACAACAUAUAUUUAUGUAAAAUCUGGGCGUAGGGAAAAGGCAGCAAUGUCAUUCUCGAUAAAUAUAUUUUAUUGAUUAGUUCCGGGAAAUCAAUUAUGGGAGGAAAUCAUCAAGUAGAUCAAAUUUCAUAAUAAUCGUAAGCAGAUAGUGUCAAGGCGAAUAGUGACCAUGGAGAUUUUCCAGACGGAAAGCUACUACAUCUUUGUUCGUAAGGAGAAGAGUCUGUGGUGGAAUCGAGCAACAUCAGAAUUUCAAAUCAAAUGUGGAUGGGAUCUAUCUUCGGUGGACGAUAUCGAGUGUAUAGGCAUAACACAUGGAAUUGUAGGUACUAUUUCACUUCAUGGUGUCCUGGAGCACCAUUUGAUCAUCAUUAAAGAGGCUGUACCGGUGGGAGUAUUAUAUGCACCACAUCUAGUAUACAAGAUUAAAAGUAUAUGCAUUCUGGGAGCAGAAGAACCGGAUACUAUACUACUUCCAUGUUCAAAGCACAAUACGUCAACAAGCAUUAAAACAAUCUCUAGUAUUUCCGUUGGACAGUCGAUGCCAGGUGGAUCAGCUCAGAAUGUAUCGGCAUCACCUCGAAAUCGUUUGUUUGAAAGCUCUGCACUUGUCAAUAAAACCUGGGGAGCAGUAAAAAGUGCAGGAAGCACCAUAAAAAAUACAACGGAAAAGGCUGCCGCAAUCGCCUCGAGUCAAGUAAAAUCCACUGUCGGAAUGGUCGUGAAGGAUCCAGUUCGAAUAGAGAAACGCGUCAUGGACGAGUUGCAUCGAAUAUUUGACGAAAGCGAUAGUUUCUACUAUAGUUUAGACUGUGAUAUUACUAAUAAUCUUCAACGACGAGGUGAACCUCCGGAUGAUCGUUUCUAUUGGAAUCGUAACAUGCUGAAGGAUAUUAUCAAACUUGACGACGAAAAUUGGGUGCUGCCAGUCAUUCAAGGUUUCGUCCAGGUUGAACAAUGUGUCAUUGGAAACGAAUGUUUUACUCUGGCUUUGGUCUCGCGAAGAUCUCGGUACCGAGCGGGAACUCGAUACAAGCGUCGGGGUGUAGACGAAGAUGGCUAUUGUGCAAAUUAUGUCGAGACGGAGCAGGUUCUUUCUCUGCGGCAACACCAAAUAUCGUUUACGCAAGUACGUGGUUCUGUUCCAAUUUACUGGAGUCAACCGGGUUACAAGUAUAGGCCGCCGCCUAGGUUGGAUCAAGAUGAAAAUGAAACUCACCUAGCUUUUGAAAAGCAUUUCGAACAAGAAGUUCGGAUGUAUCAGUCUGUUUGUAUAAUCAACUUAGUAGAGCAAAGUGGCAAAGAGAAGGUAAUCGGAGACGCUUAUGCCAACCACGUGGUGCGAUAUAACUCCGACAAGCUCAUCUAUGUGACGUUCGAUUUUCACGAGUAUUGCCGAGGAAUGCGAUUUGAAAACGUUUCCUCAUUGAUCGAAGCACUGGCUCCGGAAGCCGGAUCGAUGGGAUUUCACUGGAGGGACAGCAAUGGUUCGAUAUGCAAUCAAAAGAGUAUUUUUCGGGUUAAUUGUAUGGAUUGCCUGGACCGCACAAAUGUGGUGCAAACAGCCAUUGGAAAAGCCGUAUUGGAAUCUCAGUUGGUUAAACUUGGCCUAGCUCCACCAUAUUCACAGCUACCGGAGCAGUUGAAAGUACCAUUUAUGAUAUUGUGGGCCAACAAUGGCGAUGUGAUUAGCAGACAGUAUGCUGGGACCAAUGCUCUAAAGGGUGACUAUACGCGCACUGGUGAACGUAAAAUCAGCGGCAUAAUGAAGGAUGGAAUGAACUCUGCCAAUCGCUACUUCAUUCAACAUUUUGCUGAUUCGUUUCGUCAAAGCUGCAUCGAUUUGAUGCUUGGCAAGCUAGAGGCUUUCGAACCGUUGGUAGAAGAUGAUCUAUGCGAAGCGUUGGUGGGAGUUGCGACAAACGCGAUUGUACCGUCGCGUGGCGCUCCAUUGGGAUACUACAACCAUGGUUUGAUGAGUGCGGAACACGUAAUACUCGAAGAGUUCCUUUGUGGUGCCAGUUACUAUUUGGCACGAUUCAAAGAUACGUACCGGCAAGCCACGAUUGAUAUGAUGCUCGGGAAUAGUGUGUCAGCGGAGUCGGUGAAUGCUCUCGGUGGCCAAGCGGGUGCCGUUGAUGAAACGGACGCUUUAGAGGGAGCGGAACAUGCUCGGCUGCUCGUUGAGGAUUGUCGGCGCUUGCUAUUGGGCACAACACAAUUGCCAGUGGGUGCUUGGGGUCUUAUUGAUGCCGAUCCGAGCACUGGUGAUCCCAAUGAAACGGAAGUUGACGCUAUUCUCAUUCUAACGGAUGAUUGCUACAUUGUGGCCGAGUAUGAUUCACAUUUGGACAAAAUAGUCCGUUUCGAGAACGUAUCCCUGGAUAACAUUACCCUGAUCGAGCUAGGUUUGUUCCAGCACAACAAAAUGUUCCAAGGCCCGGCGCCGGCUUAUCUUUGCAUCCGUUUGAAUUACGCUGUGGAUGGUGUGGAUGGAUAUUUCCAUAUGUUCCGGUCUCCAAACAUUCGAUUUUUCAACAACGUGGCGGUGGUGAUCAAGAAAACGGAAGAAAUUUCGGAAUCUUUAACGGCCAUCGUUGAUCUGUUUCGAAUUGCGCUUGAGAAUCGAGGUCGUACAAAUGUAGCUUUUCAGUGUGGUGGAAGCUUACAACGGAGAAAAAGCCGAACGCUCCUUUCGGUACCCCAGGGUAUUCCGAGGAACCUCUCUGAGUCACAGUUGGUUCAAAUGGGGUCGAAAGCUUUAAGUAAUGUAGCUGGACAGUUUUCAAAAAUCGGACAAAGCUUGAACCCAACGAAGAUAGGUCGAUCGUCCGCUGGAAGGAAGGCUAAGGCUGCGAAUCCUAUGCCAUACAUACAUGCUGGACAGAUAGCUGAUGAAGCUGAGCGAAGCAGGUUUACGUUGGGAUCACGAAGUUCGAGUCUAAAGAAAUCCGAAGGAUCCAGUUCAGAAUCAGACGAGGCGGAUACUAGUAUUUAUGAACCGGAUGAAAGUGAAUUGGUACAAGAAAAUCCGUUGUAUAACGAAAAUGUAUUUCUGCCUUCAGUGGGGAUUGUCAUGGGAGGCACUGGAUGCUCCGAAGAUAAUUCAACGUCGAUGUUGGCGAACAAGGACAGGAUUGCCAAAAUGUCAUCUGAUGUUUCCACUAUGUCGAUAUCAUCCGUUACGGAUCAUAUAAAUAUGCCGGCAGGAAUGCUGGAGUGCGCAUCUCCAAUCCGUGGCCGCAGUCCUACGCCAGAAAUUCGGGUUUAUGGUGGUACUACCGAGGGAGCGGAGAAACUAAUCCUCGAUGGGAGAGCCAGCAAGGAUCUGACUUUGAACUUGACUGGAAACCAAAGUGAGAAUGCUUUUAAGCAAUUGAAAAAGCUUACAAGCCCUCUUUCAAAUAUUGGCAAAGGACUGCAAAGCUUGAGUGCCAACUUUGAUCCAAGGAAAAUUUCCGUAAAGACACCAGUGCUUCCGGCACGCAAUCCCGAGACACCAACAGCCGAAAUCCGAAAAUUGGAGGAAAAAUGGGACAAAGCUCUAUGUCGUACCAAAUUGAUAGCAUUGUAAGAAGACACGAAGUAGCCAUAAUCAUUGUAACAAUAAGUAAUUGCGCUUUAAAAGAGCUUACUCAGCAUUAAUUAGGUAUAUAGUGAUUCUUCUGUUUUCAUUCUUUGUAUUAUGAAAUUAUCCCUCGUAUGUAUCUUCAUAUUUGAGCGCCCUUCCUACAUGGUACCUUACUCUUUCUGUAAUGCAUAUUUUGCGUUCUUGUCUCGAUCUUUCAUUUGAAACAGUAUAUCAAAGAUGUGUAUACAAGCAAAAUCUUAGCAAAGACGGGUUAUCAUUGUGUUAUUGUUUAAAAUUAGACCAAAGAUCUAAACUACUCGUAUUGUUAUUAUAAAUUGUAUAACCUAUUAGUAUGAACAAAAUUGAACCAUUCCUGUUGGUAAAAUUUAGGAGUGAAACAUGCUGUUUGUAUUUAGCUCUGAUAAAUUGUGAGACACUCGCUACCACGUAUCCUUAUCAAUGGCAGCAACCUAUCCAUCAAAGUCAGCUUAUGUCUAUGUGGCUUCAUUAGUACUUUUGAUUGCUGUGCCUGUUUGAUAUUUUUCCAGGAUUUUCAUUUAAAAAAAUAGAUGACAGUUUAUGCGCGCGCGUUCAAUAUUUAUUGUAGGUAUUAUGAAAUUUAAAUACACACAACUAUUGCAUCUUAACGAGAUUUCGAAAUAGCUCAAAAAAAAUAUUAAGAUUUUAGUUUGCUAAUUAAUUAACUAACUUAGUCCCAUACUUGCUUGGUUUCCUAUUAAAAUGGAACUGUUCAUGGGCAGUUAAGGAGUUUAUAGUUUGUUUAAUAUCUGUAUCGAACAUCACGACGAGUAGCUUUAACCCUAUGCGCAACAUUUUAGCGUGCCAAUUUAGAGCUGAAUACGUUUAUAAAUCUUUACUGAACUACUAUCGCAAUAUUCUCAAGAAAGUUUAUAUCUCAUUUAUGUUGUUUGAGGUUCUUUUUUAUUAUUAUUAAAUAUAGGAAUAUAUCCACAUCUUGACAUGGCUUCGUUAGAAUGGAGUAUUUACCAAAGUCAAUUAUAAAACGCAUUAUUAUACAACUACAGAAAAUAGUAACAAUAAUAAACGUGUUAGAAAUGGUAAAAUGUGAUAAUAUUUCCAUUUUAUAACAGAUGUAGCAUGUAGUAAUCUAGCAGCUUGAUUAAUUAUUAGCAAAUUGGAACCUUUGGCAUUACCGAUUUGGCGUUACCAGUAGCAUAUACCAGUAGUAAAAUUUGCGGAAUGCACUCAUUAUAGGGCUAGGCUACAUUUCAAAAGAUACUUGCCACUUUGAAGCACCAUUUGAUAUAAAACAAAUUCGAACAGCCAUUUCUGAUCUACGUAAUUGUAACCGUGUAAAAUGUUGACAUUAUUGUGUAAGCCUAUGUGACAAAGCUGAAGGGAACUGGAUCCGUAUGAAAACAAAUCUCCGAUCCAUGAAGGGAAAAUCUUUUUAGUAAAUUCCGAUCGCUUUAGCAAAUCUAUAUCAUAUGUAGUUAACCAACUAAGUAUGUAACUCAAUCCAAAAGCAAUACCCAGAUCGUAGCUGCAG